UUGCUAUGAUGGAUUGGCGAAACGACGCAGUGAAUUGGCAGUAUUACGCAAUACUUUCCAACCUCCAGUCAACAAACAAUCAGUGCAAAACUUAAAUGUGAAAAUGGAUGUGAUAAUUCCUGAUAGCGAUGAUGAAUCUCAGACGCCAGAUGUGUUCAGUCAUCAGGACAGUCAUUCAUUGAAUGUUGAACCUGGGUCGCCGAUACAAGUGCAAUCAAGAGAUGGAGAUGAAAUGUCUGUGAGUGAUGAGGAUUACAUCCCGGCCGAUGUGAUGCAGGAUGCUAAAGACGCAGAAGUUCGUUUGAUACCAGGAGUGUCCAAGCGUCUUUACGACAAAGUCUACAUUGCCUUCAAGGAUUGGAUGCAGCAGAAAAAAAUAAAGAAAAUUACUGAUUUUGUGCUAUUGGGGUAUUUUCACUGCGUGGCAAGAAAGGCCAAACCCACAACUCUCUGGUCUCGUUUUUCGAUGCUGAAAAAAACACUCUCAACUUAUGAGGCGAUUGACAUCAGUCAAUUCCCCAAAGUACGGAAUUUUCUGGCUGUGAAUUCCAAAGGCUACGAGCCAAAGAAGUCUCAGGUGUUGAAUGAUGAAAAUAUCGACACUUUCAUACGUGAAGCUCCUGACGUAAUUUAUUUGGCAAUUAAGGUUGCCUUGAUUAUUGGGUUUUCUGGAUUGUGUAGGACAGCAGAAUUAUACCAAAUGAAGGUGGAAAAUGUCGUAGAUCGGUCCACAUUCUAUACCUUCACUCUUCCUCGAGAGAUCGUGAAGACUAAUAAAUCUCGAGUUUUUGUUGUGGAUGAGGAAUACUAUCCACUCUUGAAAAGAUACAUUUCUCUUCGACCCAAAGAUUUUGAGAAGAAUAACUUCUUCGUCAAAUAUCAGAAUGGAAGAUGUGUUCGUCAGGUCAUGGGCCAGCACAAAAUGAGUGGUAUUCCAAGGGAGGUCGCUGAGUAUCUGAAUCUUCCUAAUGCUAGUCGUUAUACUGGACAUUGCUAUAGACGUUCGGGGGCAACAGUCCUGGUUGAUUCAGGCGCUGAUACAUUAACAUUAAAGAGAGCGGGUGGCUGGAAGUCUGGUACAAUCGCUGAAGGAUAUGCGGAGGAGUCUGAGGGUCAAAAGAAGAAAGUUGCUGCCCAAAUAAAGAACGCCAUCAAGAAACCAGCAACAACUCCAAGAGAAGCCAACAAAUCACCAUCAUCUCUCUGUAAUCGUAUUCCCCAACCUGUGAUCAACGACAUCUCACCAAUUCCACUUCAUGAUGUCUCACCAGAUCCUGCUCCAAAUCUACAGUUGAAUCAACUUCUACGUUCCCAUCCAAAUAUCAAUCUCAAUUUUUACAAUUGCUCAAAUUUUAAAGUAUUUGAUAAAGAAAAUAAGGAAAAUAAGUGAAUCU